GGAACAAAACUCGAAGACGAGUUGAAAGAGGAAGACUUCAGGGAGUGUGUGUCCAAGCUAACUAUACUCUCCUGCAAUGUUUAGAAGUGGUAUAUGGCUUCGGAUUUUCUUCAUAGGCCUAAUGGUGGUCAUCCUUUUGGUGCCAUUCACACAUGGAGACUCUCGCCCCAAAAGACAAGAAGGGUGUGAAUAUGGGACGUAUGACUACGAUGGGAGGACAUGUUGCCUAUGUCCCAGGGGUUUUCAUGUUGAGAGUCACUGCACCACAAGCGACCCCCUCUCUAAGUGUGAGACCUGCGCCCCAGGAACAACAUAUACUGCAGAGGCAAACUCCCUUAAGACUUGUCAUGUUUGCACUGGAUGCAACGAUAAAGCCAAUCUUCAGGCGGUACGUGACUGCACAGUCACAACCAAUGUUGUGUGUGGAUGCCGGGAUAAACACUACUGUGUAGAGGACAAUUGUAUGGCAUGUCUUCCCUGUGACCUGUGUGAAGGGAAGAAAGUGAAGACAACAUGCAACACCAGGAACAACACUGUCUGUGAGGAACCUGAUGAAGGGACAAAGAACACCACUGGUAUUGUAAUAGGAGUCGUUGUUUGUUUGCUUGUUCUUGCUGGUGCUGCUGCCUUUCUAUGGAGGAGAAAGAAAAACUCAGCAAAACCGAGAGAGACACCAGACACAGGAUCUCAAGAGCCGCUAAGAGCAGUUUACACAGGAGACUUAAAACCACACGUCACUGAUAUUGUUGAGCAUCUGUCUUGGAAAGACAUGGAGAAGGUUGCCCUCGAAACUGGAAUGAAAUCAGUCCUGGUGGAACGACACAAGCAAAACAAUCCUGGUGAUGAAGAGCAGCAAGUAAGAAGCCUCCUCAAUGCAUGGAUUGAAGAACAAGGUCUGAACCAAGCCAGUGAGACCUUCUUUAAAACACUACGCAAGUGUAAGCUGAACCGGAAGGCUGAAGAGAUUGAACGUGUCAUCAGGGAAAAAAGGAGUCUAAUAGAUGGUGUCUGAGAGAUUCCAGUCACAUAUGAAUUGAACGUAUUGUUGAUUCUUUAUGCAGAGUGGUGUUGGCCAGCAGUCAUACAAAUAGGGUUGUGUUCUUUAUAUGUUUGGGAUGUACACGCUAGGCCAACAUUCAAAAAUGUAAAUGUCGGGGGCACUGUGGCGCAGGCAGCAGCCCCGACCAUGAACGGGCUUGAACGCCCACGGGGACCCGGGUUCGAUUCCGACCCGCAGUCAUAUCCCGAUCCCACUCCCCACCUCCUCUCAUUUCUUGUCAAACCUUCACUAUCCUGUCUGAUUAAAGGCAAAAAGCCCCCCCCCCCCCCCCCCCAAAAAAAAGAAUGUAUAUGUCAGUAAGCUGUGAUGAAAGGCCUUUCUCUUCUACGUUUUACGUUGUGUACUGAUACCUCUGAAAAUGUCUGUCUGUGUGUUUCUAUUGGCAUUCCCACCCACACACUUUUGACAAUCCCCACACAUGCCCUGCCCUUCUGGGCAAUCUCAAGCAGUGGGCCAGUGGAAAAAAAUGAUUGUACCUAAGUGACUUGAUGCAUCAGUCUAAGAGUAUUACUGUUUGUGAUGAUACGUAUAUAAAACCAUCCCUGGACAGUGAAGUACUGGAUUAAAGAGCAGUACAUUUUAGGUACUUCUAGCUAUGAAUAAAGUAAUUACAUUUUAUAAUAAA